CGAAAUUUCAGUUUCAAAGCACAAAAUAAAACAUAAAAAACAGUUACACAAAUAUAUACAACUUUUUUGUUUUAAGUUAAUUACAUUAAAAUACUUGACACAAACAGACCAUGCGGCGUAGGAGUGAGAGAAUAGGUGAUCAAAGUAGCAAGAAUGGAGUCUUUGUAGAUGGUAGAUGGAAUCAAGCCAGCCAAGCUCAUCCGACCGGGAAGCAGAGUCAGCAAACACAAGUGAAUAAUGCGCCUGCUUCGGAGUUGGAAGUUUGCGCCUUUUGCCUGGAUGCCAAGCGUGAUCCUGUGCUCCUGCGCUGCCAACACUCCUUCUGCCGCAGCUGCCUGAAUCUGUUCUAUCAGGCACGCAACUGGCCAGCCAAGCGUUGUCCGCUCUGUCGCAGCGAUCUGGAGCCGCUUCAGCAGCAGCUCAAUUGGCGUCUGUUCUUGCUGGUGAUGCUGGCAUUCUGUGUGCUCAGCAUUGGGCCAUUUUAUCUGCUGCUGACUUAUUGGUAGCGGUGUCUACGUACCUGGCGUAUUGCAUAAUUGCGUUGAAUAAACCCUUAUAUAUAUAUUUUUAGAUCUUA